AGCCGAAGAAUCGUGCUCAUUAGGAAAUAACAGGAUCUCACAACCUCAUCAAUGGAGUUUAUUUUUCAAUGCACUCGCAUAAUAGCUAUUUGUGGUCAUUUUAGUCCGUUACAACCUCCUAAUUCUGCGUCUGAGAGAGAUGUGCUGUUUGGCCUUUGUUGAGUUUCCAGGUGAAAGGCGGGCACAUAUGGGAUGGAACAGAACGGUUCUCACCAUUGUUGGUUCAUCGGAAACUGCAGAAAAACGGCCGUCAUGUUACUAGGAACAUUAAUCUGAGUGAGUACACUCCUGCUAGCACAGUAGGCCGUGUGACCUUAAACAACUCGAAUCGCAGCAACCGACUCUUCACUUCAUACGGAGAUUCCAUGAAAGUAUGGAAGACACUGAAACCGUUAUAACGAUAAAAGAAGAACAGCCCUCAACAGACAAUGAAGAAAACAACGAAGAACAAGCUACAGAGAAACCCAAAACACCCGAACUUGAGUCUUCAAAGCCAAUUCAUAUCAACGGUGGAGAGAUACUAAACAAGUUUAAUCAUGCUCUUGCAUCAAUUAUUACCACUUCUGACAGGUUAUCAAAUAAUGAUGACAGCAGCAAUACUAUUGUUACCAGUCUUCCUCCUUUGAUUCACAAGUCCGCAAGAUUGGUCUCUUCCAUUUGGUUUCCCGACAACUCAGUCCGGAGUCCUAUUUACCACUCUUCUUAUGACUACCCCUGCAUUCACGAGCGGUCAGUGGACGCCGCAUUAGGGCAUGCGCAAAUCCAAGAGGCGGGUUCUUCACAACAACCAGUCGAGGAGUACGACGAAUUUAACGAGUGGGUUGAUGGUUCUUGCAAGUUUCGGUAUUCACUGUAUAGUCGCGAAGCUCAAGCUCACAUAUCAGGGUGGGCCAUGAAAUACACCAACAACCACAACAAAUAUGUCCUCAAGAAAACUUGUGUCGGGGUUCUUCUCUGUAGCAAGGAUUGUACUUUACCAAAUGGACUGAAAAUUGUGGUACGGCCUGCCAUAUCCGAUAAAGUCAGAGAAAGGCAGAUUGGUCAGUCCUGCCCAAAUGCGUCUUGCAAUGGCGUUCUGUCACAUAGAAAAUGUACAGGUAAUAAUGGUUAUCCCGUCACACACUUCUGGGUACAUCAAGAUGAUGGGAUUUACUUUGAAUCAAAAGGAACGCAUGACCACUUUAGACCACAAGCUCGCAGGGCUACACCUGACAGGAACCAUAAUCGAGGACGUACACUAAGCCCAAAGCAAGAAGGGACCUCUUUAGAAGAAACAGAAAAUGCAGAAAAUAAGGAAUCUAAGCCAGCAAAAUCAACCGAAACCUCCAAACGAGGGCGCAAGCGAAAACUUCAUCAAGAUCAUCAACUCUCGCUGUCCAAAAUCUUAACCACUCACUCGGCAAUCAACCACACCUUACGAACUGAGGUGCUGCGUGGAUUUUCCAUGGAAGAAGAAGAACAAUAUGUAUGCGUUACCCUACCGGAGAGUGAACAUCUUAUUCAGAGAGCCGUGUUAUCACACGAUCAAUCAUCUAUUGCUUCUUAUGGCAGACUCUAUCUGUUAUGUCAAACAUUUAUAGACAUUGUUCCUGGAUUCAACCUACUUGAGACUCGAAUGAUUUCCCACGAAGUUGUUGGGUGGCCUGUUGUUAUGGCAACUCUUUACCGACAAGGUACUCGAGAAGGAAUUGUGCAACACAUGAAGACAUUAGCACGAUUGUGUUCUUCGCCAAGAGAAGAGAUUUUCUCACCAAAGUGGCAAAUGGUUAUUCACGAUUUUACACCAGAGCAAGCCCAGUUAGCCAUCGAAGCAAUUGUUAACAUGAUCAUCAACUCUCAAGUACAGACAUUACUACGAGUAUUUCAAUAUAAGAGCGUCAGCUCACUAUACAAGAUGCUACGGGAAAAAGUAACUAGUAGUAUUCAGGGUUUUCAUUCUCACUUUGAACUUUGCAAAAGAGAAAUUAUCUCUCGGCUUCAGGAUCCCGUCAUGACGAUGAAGUUUUGCGAGACCAUGAAGAGACUGACGGAUGAGAACUGCACCGUCCAGGAAUAUUUGAGCGCAGACUGUAUGUUGUCAGGUUGUGCCUUGGGUUCAGUUAUCAGAGAAUUCUGGAACUUUUGGGGAAGUCCAUUGGUGGGUUGUAAAGUCUUCCCAGUGGCCUCAUCCAUCGGAGCCUACCAAGAACGCAUUGAGAUUUGGAGGAAAUCAUUCUUAGAAGUAGAAUGGUGUGAUAAUCCACGUGAUGUCACGUUACAGAACUUAAGUGACGUCGUGUUCCGCUGGAUCAAAUGUCAGAAGGACUUCUGGCCCAAAACAGCUUAUCAAGACUGUCGCGUGAUGGACUUCACGGCUGUGCGACCUCCUCUCUUUGAUGAUCGGAGACUACAUUUCGUACGUCACGGAGAAAGACUGGGAUCUGCUUUUCACAGACCAAUCAGCUAUCGAGCCUUCUACAUGCCCAGAAUGCACUGGGUGUAGAUCAAUUUCCUGAAUUAACAUAUUGCCACACAAAUUCAAUUGAGCAAAAGAAAUAAUCUCGUACCCAGAGCCAGAAGAAUCGCAAAAAUUGUUUUCUUAGCAAUUCUCUGUCUUAAUUCUAGUUUGUUGCAGAGAGAAAACAAGUGUUUUGCGGGGGGAGGAGUGGAUCCGGUCUGUUGUAAAAUUUGUCAAUUAUGCAAAAUCUGCAAACCAUGUAAUAUAAAAAUUAUGAACAGACGUUUUAAAAUAACUGCGCUUGAAGAUUAAUAAAGAGACAGUAAUUUUAA